AUGGAUGAAUACUUCUUAUCUGAAAAUGCGCCAUUCUACAACCAAAUAAUCACAGCUAAUAAGAAAUUCUGCAAAUGUUACAAGAUCUCGUGGCCUCAACACAACACCAUUUUCGCAUGUUGCGUACUUAUAUUCGUCAAUUUCAGCGUUGCUUUUGCUCUAUACAACUGGGCGCCAAUUAUUUUCCGAAAAUCGCAAAGAAAAACCGCGUCGAACGGUGAGCAUUAUUCGACGGCUAUCGUAAUCCGACAAGUACUCGAUUUAGACACGACCACCGAAGAAACGUCGAUGAACUUGAACGGCUCGCGCACCGAAGAGGACCCGAAAACGUUGCCCGCCGAGAAAAAGUCGAAUUGA